GACUUGUUUUGAAAUCAGUUCUCACGAUCACGGGCCGGGGGGAAAGAGAGGGAGAAGAGAUUCUCACCAACCCUAGGGGAACAUUACAAGAAAGAAGUCUUUGUAGAGAUCAUUUAUCAUCAAAAUGGCCACAGCUGGGGAAGGCGGGGAUGCCGCUAGCCUUCAAGAUAAGUUACAAGUUCAAGUCGCGUCUUCUAUGAGAGAGGCGCUGGAUAAGUCCACGAGCAUUCUCUCAAAUCUCCACCGUCUCUCCAGCUACCUUGACGUGAUGAGCUCCAUGCUCUCCGCCCCAGAGAGACUAAAGAAUGCCUUGCACCAAAUACAGACAAUCCGCUCGGACAGUGCGUCUCUGUUACAGACGAUAUAUCUUGGAGAGAUAGGACUGCAGAGUCUGCAAACCGCCAGCAUGACUGCUGGUAUUCUGCCCAUUCUCUCGGAUAGUACCUUGUCAAUGACCACGCCUCCUGACCCUCCUCCUUCUUCUGAUGGAAACCUGUUUGACGAAGGAUCUGGAUUUGCUCUUGGUAAAAGAAAUGGGGACGGUAUUUCAAUAGACACUGAACCUCCUACUAAGAAAUCUUCUGUAGCUGUGUUCACAUGUCGUGGCUGUCAAAAGACAUUUGGUACCAAUACAGACCAAGGUCAAAUGCCAAAUUUUUGUCGGAAAUGUCGGGAAUCUGCCGCAGCCUCUGGUUCGGCGUUGUUUCCCAAAGUGUCCUUGACUCCUAUACUAAAUUCUACUCCCAUCUCUCCUGCUAAACAGGUCAAGCGUCGUGUGAGCAAACGUGCUAAACUAAACGCGUUAGUCUGUCGGCUUUGUGGAAUUAAUUUCUUUUAUCGUCGCUGCAUGAUGCGUCAUCUUCGUGAGAACCAUGCCCCAGUUAUUGACGUCAACAAUCUUGAGCAAUACAUGGAGGAGCUCCCGACCACGUCUCUCCCUCUCCCCUCCUCUCCCUCGUCCCAACCCUCUUCUCUCGACAUUGCUACGUGUAUGGGUAGCGAGCUUGUUGGUGAGUCCAAUUUCGAUUUGAGUGUUUCCUCUUCAUCAGCGGACAACAGUAACAUGAUUAUCGCUGGUACCCAAUCAAACUCUGAGCAUACUUCCUCUGUUGCUGUUGCCACCCCAGCCUCUCGUUUUAUUACUGCUCAAAGCCUGCAGCCGGUAGAGCACGUGAUACUCUCAUCUUCGCAGAAUUCCGAGCAGGACUCUCAUGAUCUUGAUCGUUUGGAAGUUGAGCUCAAUCCUUCCACUACAGAGAUAGACUUGGACGGUAUGAAAGUGACUACCACUGUUAAGGUGUCGGAGACCGGGGCUGCUUUUCGUGAGUACAAGUGCUCCGUGUGCAACAAGGCAUUUGAUAGGCCAUAUCGCCUCACUCGUCACCUCGAGAUUCAUGAUCCCAAUCGUCCACGCCUUCCAUGUAGCUAUUGCAGUAAAUCAUUUACUCGUAAGGAUUCCCUAGAGAGUCACAUUAAGUCGGUGCAUGCCUCGGUCCAUCCGUACACAUGUACUCAUGAGACUUGCAACAGAUCCUUUGCCACUAGAUCAAUGUACCUCAAUCACCUAAAGGUUCAUGGGGAGAGCAAGCCUUACCACUGCCAAGAGUGUGAAGAGUCUUUUUCUCUGCUUGCUGAACUCAAGGAGCAUUUGAAGAAGGAGCAUCCUGAGAAUGAGGACUCUCGUUGCUCAGAGUGCUUUAAGGUCUGUCUCUCGCAUGAUGACCUCCAGCAGCACAAGAUAUGUAACCAUCGCUUUGAGUGUGAGAUAUGUGGUAAAGUAUUCUCAAGGCUGGCUUAUCUUCAGGUCCAUGUGAAGGUUCACGAUGGUCAGGCAAAGUUAAAUUGUCGAUUCUGUUCAGAGGGUUUUGAUUCACUCUAUGCUUAUCGUCAACAUAUGAAGACUCAUCCAGAGUAUCGGAGAGUCAUAAACGUCUUUCCCUGCAACACUUGUAAUAAAAUUUUCCAAGAUCCAGACGAUCUUUAUUCUCAUUACCAGAGUGAGGAGCACAAAGAGAAAGCUUCAAGUAUUGGUAGUAGUACUUUCUCAACAACACUUAGCAUCACUGAGGGGGACCUGUCUGCAAUGAAUGAUUUAGUGACUCAUAUUGUUAUGAAUGAGUCUGAUGACAUAAUUAAUAACAUUCAGGGAACACAAUAGGGAUCACUCAAGACUCAAGAAGUAAACAAUACUGUCAACAUUACUAUAAUAGUUUGGUUAUAAAAAGAUUGAGCUUCAUUAUCAUAGUACUGUUUCAUUAAGAAACAUAUAUUUUGGUUGAUUUUGCUACUAUACAUGCAUUAUGCAUUAUAUGUACAUAGAACUAUUUUAAAAUAAACAUUAGGAAACAUUAAAAUACAUUUUUGUCAUAAAAGAUUAACUUUACACAUUGUUUUGCUAUUGUGUGUGCAUCUGAUAGUAAUGGCAUGUAAUGAUGUUUGGAUACAAGUGACAGACAUAUUGUUAUUUGAUUUUGGAAA